ACUCACUGUUGCUCUGACUGUGGGAAGAGAUUUACUUCCUCAUCAGGCAUUACAAUUCAUCAGAGAACACACACAGGAGAGAAAUCUUAUAGCUGUGAUCAAUGUGGGAAGAGUUUUACUACAUCUGGCCAUCUGGUAUCACACCAGAGAACACACACAGGAGAGAAAUCUUAUAGCUGUGGUCAAUGUGGGACGAGUUUUGCUACAUCUAGCGCUCUGACUCUACACAAGAGGACACACACAGGAGAAAAAUCUUAUAGCUGUGGUCAAUGUGGGAAGAAUUUUGCUGCAUCUAGCACUCUGACUCUACACCAGAGAACACACACAGGAGAGAAACCUUAUAGCUGUGGUCAAUGUGGGAAGAGUUUUGGUCGAUCUUGCCAUCUGACUCAACACAAGAGAAUACACAUAGGAGAUCAAUCUUAUAGCUGUGAUCAAUGUGGGAAGAGUUUUGGUCGAUCUGGAGUGCUGACAGUGCACCAGAGAAGACACACAGGAGAGAAACCUUCUAGCUGUGAUCAAUGUGGCAAAAGUUUUACUACAUCUUGCUAUCUGACUAUACACCGACGAACACACACAGGAGAGAAAUCUUAUAGCUGUAAUCAAUGUGGGAAGAGUUUUACUACAUCUGGCUCUCUGACUUCACACCAGAGAAUACACACAGGAGAGAAACCUUAUAUCUGUGGUCAAUGUGGGAAGAGUUUUAGUCAAUCUAGCUAUCUGACAAUGCACCAGAGAACACACACAGGAGAGAAACCUUAUAGCUGUAAUCAAUGUGGGAAGAGUUUUACUACAUCUUGCUAUCUGACUAUACACCGACGAACACACACAGGAGAGAAAUCUUAUAGCUGUAAUCAAUGUGGGAAGAGUUUUGUUUCAUCUAGCGGUCUGACAGUACACAAGAGAACACACACA